AUGACGGACUCGCGUCGAGUUAACUCGCUUUUUCAAGGAGCUCGACAAAUUCGGAAUCCGAUUAUCAUCUCUUGCUCAUUUCGAGCUCCAUCCUCAUUGUUCGCUAUUCGAUCUCAACGAGAUAGUUCGUCUCAAAUGAGUCGCUUGGGUAUUAUCCCCAAUAGCAGCAUGAAGAUCCCGACCUACUAUUUCAUCACGAAGAGUAGAUUCGACCGCAACAUGGACAAUCUCCACGACUCCAUUAGCUUCAGAUUGGAUUGCUUGCUCACGACGAGCGGCACCGACUUUGCAGAUCGUUCAGAAAAUGUUAGCUCACGAGAAAUCUUCUCUCUUCCAAGAGGUGGGAUACUCGAAGUCGGACUCUAA